GGCUCCCACUCAGAAACUUUGGACAAUAUCAGUGCUACAUUGAAAGAAAAAGGGAUAUUUGUUCACUGUUAUAGGCUAACCGCCUUUCAGACUCAAUGAGCCAGUCGUUUGGAUGUGCCUACUAAAUUUCAGAACCAUGAAAUGGAUAGCUCAAGUUCUGCAACCUGCAAGCAGUAUGCCGUUCACUACCGAAGCCAGUGACGACGCACAGUGGCAAGUCAAAACUGAAGACACCCAGUUUCUGUCAUGUGCGCCUCAUAAAGAAGGAUUGAAGUGGUGGAAGACUCUCGUAUAUCAUGCCAGCUGAAAAGUUUUCCGUAUAAAAUGAGUCUAAGGUAACCACACUCCAGAGAAAACAGUCUCCUGGGAAAUUAUACUCUAUGUGUUCCGAAGUUGAAAAUCUCUGCUCCACGGUGGAAAUAUGGAACUGGACUUCAACGGUCGGUUCUCCUUAAGAACCACGUUACUCUGUUGUGUCUUCUUAUGUAAGUCAACAUUCUGUUUUGAUAAGACACACUCCCAUGCUGAAGAUGACCUCUUCAAAAAGCUCUUCAUUGGCUACAACAAGUGGUCAAGACCUGUGCCUAACAUCUCCGAUGUGGUCAUCGUCAAGUUUGGUCUCUCCAUCGCUCAGCUGAUUGAUGUGGAUGAGAAGAACCAGAUGAUGACUACAAACGUGUGGCUGAAGCAGGAGUGGAAUGACUACAAGUUACGAUGGAAGCCCUCAGACUUUGACAAUGUAACAUCUAUCCGGGUGCCCUCUGAACUGAUUUGGGUCCCCGAUAUUGUCCUGUACAACAAUGCUGAUGGGGAGUUUGCUGUGACCCACAUGACGAAGGCGCACCUUUUCCACACGGGCAAGGUGCGCUGGGUGCCCCCCGCCAUCUACAAGAGCUCCUGCAGCAUCGACGUCACCUUCUUCCCAUUCGACCAGCAGAACUGCAAGAUGAAGUUCGGCUCGUGGACCUACGACAAGGCCAAGAUCGAUCUGGAGCGCAUCGAGAACACGGUGGACCUGAAGGACUACUGGGAGAGCGGCGAGUGGGCCAUCGUCAAUGCCGUGGGCACCUACAACACGAAGAAGUACGACUGCUGCCACGAGAUCUACCCGGACAUCACUUACUUCUUCAUCAUCCGUCGGCUGCCGCUCUUCUACACCAUCAACCUGAUCAUCCCCUGCCUGCUCAUCUCCUGCCUGACGGUGCUGGUCUUCUACCUGCCCUCCGACUGCGGCGAGAAGAUCACGCUCUGCAUCUCCGUGCUCCUCUCCCUCACCGUCUUCCUCCUGCUCAUCACCGAGAUCAUCCCCUCCACCUCGCUGGUCAUCCCGCUCAUCGGCGAGUACCUGCUCUUCACCAUGAUCUUCGUCACGCUCUCCAUCGUCAUCACGGUGUUCGUGCUCAACGUGCACCACCGCUCGCCGGGCACGCACACCAUGCCCCGCUGGGUGCACACGGUCUUCCUGGAGCUCAUCCCGCGCUGGCUCUUCAUGAGGAGGCCUGUCCCGGACGAGAAGCGCCGCCGCGUGCUCCUCCUGCAGCACAAGGUGCUGCCCCCCGCCGCCCAGCUCAGCACCUCUGAGACCUGGCUCCGGGAGACGGACGUGGACUGCCGCCAUGGCGAUUCGGAGCUGGGCGGGGCCCCGGGCUUUCCCUUCCCCUUCCCCCUGCCGCAGAAGCCCGCGCCCCCCCAGCAGCACCGCUCAGGAGCCAGGGUCAACCCCUCCCAGCAGCACCCCACCAAGAUGGACAGCCCGGUGUCCAAAGAGGGGUUCACGUUCUCCCCCAGUGUCCUGCGCGCCCUGGAGGGGGUCCACUACAUUGCGGACCACCUGAGAGCCGAGGACGCUGACUUCUCUGUAAAGGAAGACUGGAAGUAUGUUGCCAUGGUGAUCGACCGCAUUUUUCUGUGGAUGUUCAUCAUCGUGUGCCUCCUGGGCACCAUUGGGCUCUUUUUGCCACCCUGGCUGGCAGGCAUGAUCUAGGGCAGCCCCAUCAGCACCCAGACACCACUGUCGCUGAGAGCAUGCUGGCGUUGAAUGUACUCCACUAUGUAGCAGGGAGUUUGCCUGCAAUUCAAGUUAAGGGACUUACUUUUUUUAAAGUACUGACUCUUGCUCCUCCCCAAUCCCUGCCUCCCUGCCAGAGAAAUGGAUCCUAUUUUUCAGUGCAAUGGUAUAAAGUAUAAUAAAGAGUAUGAAAACGAAUGUAUUCAAAGUAAGUGUGAAACAUAUUCCUUGGUCUAAAUUGCUGUCCUCUGUAUCUCUCUGUCAUGGAGCAGAAACUGUGGUCACAUUGAGGAUGUAGCCUCAUAAAAAGCAGAACUUCUUUUCUGGACUGACAUAUGUACCCUAACAUUACCUCCCACCCUUUUUCAGUCUACUAAAAUACUGGUACCAGGAUAGGCCAGGCUAAUGCCAGGCUGAUAUACAGAACUGCCCUUUCCUAGAGAUUCUGGUGUGGCACAGCACACUAAGGUGUCAGCAGUGCAACUGCUCAUUCAGUGAGUGGGGACAUAGGGUGCAGGGGCCACGGGUGAUGGCUUCAAGCCAGUAUAGAAUGCUGCAAUGGCACCCUUCAGCCCAGUAUGGCAUAUGCCAGAAACAGCUUUUAGUCCAAUGUGGCGCAUGCCAGAGUCUGCCCAAUUACAGCAUGUGCCAAAGACAACUUUUGUUGUAAUAUGGCACAUGCCAGUCAUUACUUUUGAGCAAUCCAAUAUAGCACAUGCCAGAUACGGCCUUUGGUCUAAUAUGGCACAUGCCAUAGAUGCUUUGUCAUAUUCAAGGAUAAUUUGUUAGUAUUGGUGGCAAUGCUGUGGGAAAAAGACGCUUGGGAUAGCUUACAUGUAUGCGUUUGUGUGUUCAAGGUAUCUUAUUUAGGGUGAAUUACUAUUAACUUGAGUAUGAUAAAAGAACAAAAUUAUAGCUGAGACUGUUAGCAAUUUAAAGAUCUGUGCUCUAGCCUCUCAACCUUUGAUUGAACACGCACACUGGUUGACAAAACAGCAAGGACGCUUUGGUGAAUUGCCUUUCAUGUAUAGUACAUGUUUAAAUUAUUUUGCAAAUCAAAAAAUAAAAAUAUUUUUAAAAUGCAGCAAGCAAAACAUGAGCAUAUGCUUUGACCCAUACCAUAUAAAUAAUGCUGCAAUACAUCACUAGGAAAUCAGAGUAAACUGACUCAGUAAAUACAUGGGUGCUUCCAGAUGGUUUGAGCUUCCUUUAAAAACCCCCAAAACACUAUAACUCACCUUGCUGAUGUAAUUACACAGAUAAUUGGCAAUUAAUCUCUAAACCGAGAGGCAAUAAUGUUAGUCUUUUUUGAUCGCUCCUUAAUUUAAUUUCCUGAGAAAUUAUCUGGACAAAUAGAAGUCAGGAAACAGGUCAGGAACUGUACUGAUUGGUGCUCAUUAUGUAUCAACACAGCUGACAAUGCCAUUUUCCUUUCAUGGCAUUACAUCAGUCAACCUGUCAGUACUGUCACAAACAGCUUUCUAAGCAUAGUUUUAUUUUACAAGAUUGUCUUUAUGUAGUGUAAUGACAUCUGCUUCUUGUCAUGCAAACUGGAUAAUUUCAUGUUUGUGUGCAAGCAUUUAUUCCAGGGUCAAAACUUCCAUAAAAGCUUUUUUCAGUA